AUGGCUCGUCUAAAAGAGGAAGAACGGAUACAAAUUUGCACCCUUCUUGAUGAAAAGCUAUAUAUGCCGGUAGAACUUGCCAAGAGAUAUAGCGUUAGUAUUAGCACAAUAACUCGGCUAUAUAAUAAAUAUAAAAAAACACAAACUACAAAAGACUUACCAAAGACAGGACGACCUCGAAAAAUUCAUGAACGUGGUGAACGGCAGGUUAUACGAUACAUUAAAAGUGGAGAGUGUUCUAACGCGACAGAAGUAAAAAAAAAAUUACAAAGUGAUUAUGAUGUAGAAGUUACUGCACAAACA